AUGGCGACUACAAUGGUGAACGGCCACCAAGAAAUUGACGUCCCAGCACCGCCUAUUGACCCUAUCUCAAGACCACAGACCCCUCCGCCUCCUCCGUCUACAGCAACGAACCCUCCUCCACCUCCACCUUUGUCAGAUGUUGCGCCGCCUCCACCCCCGUCUGACAACGCAAUCCCGCCUCCGCCGCCAGAGCCCGUGCCACCACCACCGAGUGACUUCCCCGAGCCUUCCGUUGACGAGUCAAGGCCUCAGCCUCCGCCCAAGAAGAAAGGAUGGGGUUCUACCAAAGCGCCCAAAGUCACGCCCCUGAGCGUGGAAGAGCUGGUGAAGAAGAAGCGCGAGGCCGAUCUGGCUGCCAGCAAGCCAAAGUUCUUGACGAGAGCGGAGCGUGAGCGGUUGGCUUUGGAGAAACGCGCAAAGGAAGUCGAGGCGGCAGGCGCGGCAAAAUCGCAAAAUGGUAUUCUUCGCGAGGAUUCGGUCGGUCCACCGACGCAGCCCGAGCAAUCCAAGUCCAACUCGUCGGUACCGAACCGACCGAGAGCCCAACGCAAUGGAGAUAUCCCAACAGGUCCUGCUGCGAUGCGGUCGCGGGAGCCCAACAGAGGUGUCGAUUUGGCGCCGCCUCCCCCACCCAAGCCAAUCGCAUUUGGCGGAAGUGAUUCAAAGUCAGCCCAGAAACGACAGGCUGAAGAGGAUCCUGUAGAAAAGGCAGAACUCGAGUUGAUUCGACAGAGGUACAUGGGGGCGAACAUGAAUGUUUCGACCUUUUCGGCCCAAAAGAAGCGACGGCGCACGACCGAGAAGAAGUUCAAUUUCGAGUGGAACACGGAGGAAGACACCACGCCUGAUUACAAUCCCAUCUACAACGAGCGGGCGCAACCCACUUUCUUCGGACGAGGCAGGUUAGGUGGAUUUGACGACCAGGCCGCGGAGGCUGCAGCAAGAAAAUAUGCCGAAGCCUUACAGUCGAGGGAUGGAGAAGCUGGAGCAGCACGAGCUCAAGAGAUUCUUGAAAUGGAGCGGAAAAGAAAAGAGGAGUCCAACCGGAUGGCGAUCGACAAACAUUGGAGCGAGAAGAGGUUGGAUCAAAUGCGCGAACGAGACUGGCGUAUCUUCAAGGAAGACUUCAACAUCAGCACCAAAGGUGGCGGCAUACCCAACCCCAUGCGGAGCUGGCAAGAGUCGGGACUCCCCAGACGGUUGUUGCAGAUUGUCGAGCAAGUCGGUUACAAGGACCCUUCACCUAUCCAGAGAGCUGCCAUCCCCAUCGCCCUCCAGAAUCGAGAUCUUAUCGGUGUGGCUGUGACUGGGUCUGGUAAGACGGCCGCCUUCUUACUUCCGCUUCUUGUUUAUAUCUCAGAACUGCCUCGACUGGACGAAGAUGAGAUGCGACGGAACAACGGCCCUUACGCCAUUAUUCUGGCGCCGACGCGUGAACUGGCGCAACAGAUUGAGAUUGAAGCGAAAAAGUUUGCAACGCCCCUGGGCUUCACCGUGGUGUCUAUUGUCGGUGGACAUUCGAUCGAGGAACAAGCCUACAACCUUCGCAACGGAGCCGAGAUCAUCAUCGCCACGCCCGGUCGUCUCGUGGACUGCAUUGAGCGGCGGAUUAUUGUUCUAGAGCAAUGCUGCUACGUGAUCAUGGAUGAAGCCGAUCGCAUGAUCGACAUGGGAUUCGAAGAACCCGUCAACAAGAUCCUCGACGCCCUUCCUGUCAGCAACGAAAAGCCGGACUCGGAAGCUGCCGAAGACAGCAGGGCCAUGUCGAGCCACAUUGGCGGCAGGGACAUCCGCUACCGGCAGACGAUGAUGUACACGGCGACCAUGCCGCCGGCGGUGGAGCGGAUUGCCCGCAAAUACCUGCGGCGGCCGGCGAUCGUGACAAUCGGCAAUGUCGGCGAGGCCGUGGACACAGUGGAGCAACGAGUCGAGUUUGUCGCGGGCGAAGACAAGCGCAAGAAACGGCUCCAGCAGAUCCUGGCCUCGGGCGAGUUCCGCCCUCCCAUUAUUGUCUUCGUCAACAUCAAGCGCAACUGCGACGCCGUCGCCCGCGACAUCAAGUCCAUGGGCUUCAGCUCGGUUACCUUGCACGGCUCCAAGACCCAGGAGCAGCGCGAGGCCGCCCUGCAGUCCGUCCGCGACGGCAAAACCGAUGUUUUGGUCGCCACCGAUCUCGCCGGUCGCGGUAUCGACGUCCCCGAUGUGUCUCUUGUCGUCAACUUCAAUAUGGCGAACAAUAUUGAGUCGUAUACCCAUCGUAUCGGCCGUACCGGUCGUGCGGGCAAGAGCGGUGUCGCCAUCACCUUCCUCGGCAAUGAGGAUGCUGAUGUUCUUUACGAUCUCAAGCAGAUGCUCAUGAAGAGCUCGAUCAGUCGCGUUCCCGAAGAAUUGAGGAAGCAUGAGGCCGCUCAGCAGAAGAGCCAGCGUGGUGCGGCUAAAAAGGCUAUCACUGCAAGUGAUGAGUCUGGCGGGUUUGGUGGUGGGAAAGGUGGUGGCGGCGGGUGGUAG